AUGCUGCCAGCUCGGCUGCAAUGGGAUGCCCAAACGGGCACCAGGAGGCGCACGUACUCAAGGAGCCCCACACGGUCAAGACGCCGCUCGUCGUCGAAGGGAAGCCACUCCAGAUCACGUGAAGUGCAGGUGCGCUUCGAAGGUGGAGGGCACACGCCUGGCGACAAGACGACAUCUGGAACAACCUGGGCCGACAAAGUGAAAGCGUCGCCACAGCCAGGCUCAGCGCAUUACUACACCAACCUGCUGAGUUCGGAGGAGAGUGGCGGAGGGGCGAGGAGAACUACGGGCGUGGAGAAACAGCUAACGCCAGCUACGACGCCCGCUGAAGGCACGCAGGGCGUCAGGAAAGACGACGGAGCCGACAUUCCGCCAACCGAAGAAGUGGAGCGGCGGGGGAGUGGGCUGUGGCGACACCUCGUCGCCAGCUGCCAGAGAGCGGUCGUGUGGCUCGUGUCGCUGGGGGUGGUGCCGCGUCACGUGUGCCUGGUGCCGGACGGUCACAGACGCUUCUCCAGGGCCACCGGCACCGACCUGCGCCGGGCGUACGCGGUCGGAGUGGACAAGUACACCAAGCUGCGGGAAUGGUGCUUCCGUGCCGGAGUGGAUGUCAUAAGCGUCUUCGUGUUCACUGUCCGCAACUUAAGCCGCAACGCGUUCGAGGUGACCUCUGCUCUGAACCAGGCGAAUCGGGCGCACGUGGAGGUUGUUGACAACGUGGACGUCUACCGUGCCAGGGGAAUGCAGGUUUGCACUUGCGGCGACCUCGAGCUGCUGCCAGAAGAGUUGCGCUCCAGUCUGGCGCGUGCUGAGAUUGCCACAUCGAACAUGCGAGAAAACUGUCUAAAGAGGCAAGUGUCCUGCGCCGCGUACAACACCACUUACCAGAUGUCCAGGAUGGCUCUGCAUCUGGCGAAGGCGGUCAAGGAAGGCGCCAUCCGGUCAGAGGACCUGACCGGCGAGUUCCUGGACGAGUACGUGGCGCUGACAGAGUGUCCCGAGGCCGACCUGCUGCUGCGGUCAGCGGGCGACCAGCGGUUCAGCGACUUCGAGGUGCUGCAGUGCAACUACGCCUACUUCCACCUGGACGCCAAGCUGUGGCCCGCGGUGGGAUUCCUCGAGUGGGCGCGAGCCAUGAUCCACUUCCAGCUGCAGUGGCCGGCCAUACGGGCCAUCAAGGAGAGGCACAGCCUAAUGGCUUCCAGCGGCAGCGGCAGAUCGGACCCCGAGCAAGUGAUUCGGCAGCGAACGUUCUUCCGACGCGUCCACGCUGCUAACGUCCUCGACAUGGAACGGCUCGCUGGUCUCCGGAAAGACGUGGUUGGCCAAUAAAACUGCA